UUAAUUGCACGAAAACAAAAUUCUUAACAAAUUUUACAAUAAAAUGACGUUUGUUAUCAAGACAACGUUGUCUAAACAAUUGUUUAGACAUGUUCAUGUAAAUUGCGAUUUCAUUGUCUGAGCCGUCUGAAAAGUGUUCAUGUAAAUUGCGACUUCAUUUUAAUUCAGCCGUCUAAAAAGUGCUCAUGUGAAUUGCGACUUUAUUUUAAUUUCGCGCCUGACCACAACUGAUUAAAUCUCAUUUUAAAAAAUGCCACAGGAAGUUCAUGUUUUGCAGUGUUUUAGUUGCAAGAUAUUCCAGGUUGAUAUUGUUAAAAAGACCUCAAAGUGGCAGUGUAGAGUUUGUAACAUAAAACAAACAGUUAGAAAGGAAUAUUUUCGAGGUACUGCAAAGGAAUGUCGUUGUAAGGUUCAGGAAUUAAAUAUGGCAAAGGGUCAAAAAUACAAUGAAUCAGUAAACAGUAUUUUGGAUGUUCUGAAAGCAGCAACUGAUUGCAGUUCGUUAAAUAAUAAAGAUGUUCUCGAUGGCUCAAAUAAUAACGAGGCUUAUGAUCAAAAUCAAAAAUUAUCAACAAAAGGCAAUUCACAUAAAACUGUUAAUGAUUUUAGUUUCAGGCAAACUAAAAAAUAUUGUCGCGGUUCUGGAAUAGAAAAUAUUUUUAAAGCCGAGAAACAAAAACAUAAUGAAGCAUUUAACAGGACUUUGGAAGUGCUGGGAACAGAAAAUAAUAGCAGCCAUUCAUUACAAAAUAUUGAAGAUAAUAUCAACUUGUGUCAAACAAGCCAUUGCAUUGUCAAUAAAGAAAGACGCAACUUAUCAGUAGAGGAUUCUUCAUCGACUCUUAGCGGUGAUAAUAAUAUGAUGUUCGACUUUUCGCAAACCAAAAAAUGGACAUCUCGCAAUAUAACUGUCCAAAAUGCAAAGAAAUCAAAGUGGGAUAAUUAUGUAUAAAAUAAAUUAAAAAAAGAAAAACUAAUCCUAAACGUUAAUAGAUAAUCUUUCACGGUUGUAGACGAUCAAAAAUGUUACCAUAAUUAUUAAAUGUGCUUAUUUUAAAAUUAGUUCAAUCAUUCUGAAUGAAGUUGAACCAUGAUUUAACCUAAUCCCUUCUCGGAACGUACGAGUUAAAAAAAUAUAUUAUGCAAAAUUGUUUGAUGACCAUGGAAUCUGUGUUAGGAUAGGCAGGCUAAUUAUGAUAAAACAAAAAUAAAAACCCAUGAGCAUCCUUUGCAAUAGAGAAAGAUUUGCUUUUUCAUAGUAAUUAAUUGCAAUUAAUUGAAAAAUAAUAAAUUAAUAUAUUAAUUCUCCGCA